CACCGUUGGUUGGCUCUUCUGCUUUUCUGCUCUUUUUCUUCUUCUUCUUCUCCGUGCUCAUUCUGCCGGCGGAGCCGAUGCCGUGAGCGCGUGGCUUGGGGUGGCACACCUCUUGGUUUAGGUCAGCUGAGUGGUGUCUUGACAUGGGUAGCGAGAGCACGGCCAAGACCAGCAAGAAGGCUGCGACCAAAAGUCUUUCAAAAGACAAGGAGCGACAAAAGAAGAAGGAUGCCCAGGCCCAGGCGAAGAAGAAGCCGAAGCUGUCAAGGGCACAAGAGGCCAAGUUGGCAAAGGUUGUGGAGGGUUUGAUCGAGGGCGCUCCGGGCAUCGCGGCCCCAAGACCGCUACCCUUGAGCGCUCUCACCAAGCACAAGACCGUGGCUUGGCAAUGGCUGGAAGGAGGAAAACUGAAGUAUCCAAUACCAAUCGGAUGCAACAGGCCAUUGUCGCCCUUCAGAAGCGACGAUGAGUAGGGGGCCGAGGGGCCUAGAAAUGCGUGCCAUGAGGUGCAGGUCUUUUCCAACUUCCAAGCGCCGCGCGGCCAGCACACCGGGACACCCGGAAUCCGUGGCUGAGUGAGUUUGAGCGGGGUUUCAUUCGUUGACAUGAGUGCACUUAGGGAGGUCGCCU